CACAGAAAGACCUGAAGUGAGAGUAAAAACAGUGAUCAACAACAAGUUGGGUUAAAGAGACCUUUCGUUUUCGAUUUUUGGCCUUGAAUUAAUCUUAUUUUCUAGGGAUGCUGACUGGCAUCAAAAGUUUAGACAUAUCAGACUUCAUUGGAUCUUCUUAGUUAAUUUCGGGUGAACUAGUGAAAGAAGAGCUGUUUCAGAAUGGAAAAAAUGCUCCUCAAAAGACAGGCAUACCUGGCCAGUCAUACAGGCCACGGAUCAACAAAUGGAAAUCCCAUUUCAGCUGCAUCAGAAAAGAUUCAUUUUGGAGGUGUUCUUGGACCCUAUCAAGAACCUGUAAGCACAGGUUCCAGUGAUUUGGAUGUUGAUACCUGCUUGAAAAUAAACAAUUAUGAGGACACAGUGCGUCAGCUCGAUAUGUACUAUGGGCUCGUUAAGCGGCAGCUAUUACACUAUCAAAGCCCUACCACCGGGUUAUUUCCUGCCCAGACUGUUGACAAAGAAGUUGGUAGUGUGCGAGAUUCUAUUUAUUGCGCGUCAGCCAUUUGGAGCUUAUACCAAGCUUACCGGCGGAUAGAUGAUGAUCGCGGUAAAUCAUACGAACUUGGACAGUCAGCUGUCAAAUGUUUUCGUGGGAUCUUGCGUUGUUGGUUGCAAGUCGCUAACAAAGUAGAGGCUUUUAAAAAGAAUCAAGUGGCACAGAAUGCAUUGUUCACUCGAUAUCACCUGCAGACUGGCCAAGUUCUUACAAAAGAUCAGGACCCGUGCAUGGACAACCAUUUGCAGUUGGACGUCGUUUCUCUGUAUCUUCUCUUCCUCGUGCAAAUAAUCCAGUCAGGCCUUCAGGUUAUUUACACCAUGGAUGAAGUUAUUUUUAUUCAGAACCUCGUUUACUACGUCGAACGGGCAUAUCGCACACCUGAUUUUGGAUUGUGGCAAAGAGGUUCAAAGUACAAUGACGGCACUCCUGAAAUACAUGCCAGUUCAAUUGGAAUGGCCAAGGCUGCGCUAGAAGCAAUUAAUGGUUGCAAUCUCUUUGGUGAAAAGGGCUCGUCUGUUUCCGUAAUUUACGUCGACAUUGACGCGCAUAAUCGCAAUCGAUCUAUUUUUGAAACACUUCUUCCGAGAGAAUCAAGUUCCAAGAACACAGAUGCUUCUCUACUGCCAACUAUCUCUUGGCCAUGUUUCGCAACCCAUGAUGAUGUCCUUUAUAACCGGACCAAGUCAAAGAUAAUUCGCCGGCUUAAAGGUAGCUUCGGGUUCAAACGCUUUCUUCGGGACGGCUACGGAACAGCUGUGGAAGAUAUAAACCGUCGUUAUUACAAUGAAGGCGAAACACGAGAUUUUGAAAACAUAGAAUCGGAAUGGCCAAUCUUCUAUCUUUACAUGAUGAUUGACGGAUUUUUCAAAGGCUUACCAGAACAAGUUGAAGAAUACAAAAGGCUACUUAAGGCACGAGUAAGGCAUGAUCAUAGAGGUGAUCCUGUCAUCCCAAAAUACUUUUACGUCCCUCAAGAAUCAGUGGAUUACGAGAAAAUGGAGCCAGGAAGUCAGAUGCGCCACCCUUCCGAUGAAGGGGGUUCACACAACUUGUUUCUGUGGGGCCAAUCGCUUUACAUUACUGCUUCCUUACUGGCCGAAGGACUUGUCCAUGUCAAUGAACUUGACCUCAUCCGUCGAUAUCUUCCAUCGUAUAACCGUCCUAGGAAAAUGGGUGGCAGAUAUUCGGCCUUUCAGAGUAAACACGGUACUGCCAGCGAUUUGGUGGUGCAGAUCGUCUUGAUAGCCGAAUCUAUGCGGCUUCAAGCAAUGAUGGGCACUUAUGGUAUUCAAACACAGACACCACACGAAGUUGAGCCAGUACAAAUUUGGCCUCCUAAAGAGCUGGUCAAAGUCUACGAGCAUCUUGGCUUGUCAAAACGAUUAGGACUACAGGGUCGCCCUACUCGUCCGAUUGGAGCCCUAGGCACUAGCAAAAUUUAUCGAAUCUCUGGACAAACGGUUCUUUGCUACCCACUUAUCUUCGAAGUCUCAGAUUUCUACUUGUCACAUGAUAUGUCUCUACUGAUCGAUGAUAUCAAAACGGAAUUGCACUUUGUUGGGCGUUACUGGCGACUUUCAGGACGUCCAACGGUGUGCAUUCUGAUUAGAGAAGAACACAUGCGAGAUCCGCAGUUUAAGGAGAUGUUAGAAUUAUUAGCGAUGUUAAAAAAAGGUCACUGUGAUGGUCUCAAAGUCCGCACUGGAAGACUUCAGAAUUUGAUUUCAUCAUCCUGUAUAGAACAUUUGGAUUUCAUGAACCAAGUCGACUUGAAAGAGUUAAACAUACAGCCGUUUGGUCAGGUUCAUCAUGAUUACAUUGGUUACCAAAGUCUCACUGAUGUGCCAAAAGCACUUCAGUAUUCAGAGGCAGAAUUCGACUUCACGCAGUUCAACAAGCUAAAUUCUACUGCAGAACUUAUCGACUCAUUACGCUGCGUUGAAGGGCUACACACACAAGCCUACAUCUUAGGAGUAAUUCAGCGGAGGGAGCACCCAGAAUUUGUUAUUGACAAUUUAACUGUUCGCGAGCGCCUGAUUCACGUCAAGCGACUUGCAGGCUCACUUCGUCACUGGUCGGCUGUGCGCUUGUCCUCGGCGCUACUUUUCCAACUUGUCGAUUCCAUUUCACCGUUCAUCACCACGGUAUUGGUCAAUGGAAAGCAGCUCACUGUCGGAGUUGUUGGCGGUGUCGAAGUCGUACUAGAUAAACCCAUGACUCCUAGCGAAAUCCAUGAAGCUAUCUACCGCCAUUGCCCUGUGGAUGACCCUGUCCAAGCUGUUUUACAACAAGAAGUUUUACUUUACUGUGGACGACUGAUUGCUACCCACCCUAAUUAUUUUUCUGGAAUACUUAAAAUUCGAGUCGGUUGGAUAUUACAUGCUAUUCGGUUAUACUUGGCUGUACCAACGGAUACGGACGAGGACUGCAAUCAUGAACCAUUGGAGAGUCGUAGUCCCAGUGAGAUUCGUCGGUUACUCCUUCGGGUACUGCAUCUUAAGAACUUGACCGCAGAUGAUAACCAAUUCGGUUUGCAACUCACGCCAUACAAGCGCCGCCAAAUUGAAGGAUGCCUUGCUCGAGUCCCAGAAGGGUUCUAUCAAAAAGUAUGGAAUGUCUUGAAGAAAACGCCGGGUGGAAUUGUCGUUCAGGGGCAUAUGUUAGCCCAAGAGCCCACUUUAUCCCACAUGACCAUGUCUGAGCUUAAUUUCUCCUUGCUAGUUGAAGAUAUGCUGUUUAAAAUCGUUCGUCCUGAAUAUCGUCAGUUAGUCGUCGAAUUACUUUGUAUCGUCAAUACUAUCCUUUUGCGAAAUCCUGAAUUACGGUUUAAAAUGAAACUUGAUUUGGACUUUGUCAUUUCUGAAGCUUUAGCUAUGUUUCUAAAGGACUUUGGUACAGAAAUAGAUACGAAAAUUUCAAGUAACGAUGGUACUCAUAAAAAAAGCAGUAUUGAUCCCGGACUUACCCAAUUUUACAACGCGACUGCAGCUACGACAAACGGUUACCUGGCUCGUGCUGUAGUGAACACUGUACUUCGCGGAGAUCUUGGAACUGAGUGCAUUGAUGACUCGGAGGAAUCUUGCCGAGUAUCAUAAGAAUACUUCAAUUAUAGUAGAAUGGUCCUAGCUAGUACCAAUUACCUGUUGCACAUUUUUUGUUAUCUAUUUAUGUGCUUAAGUGACAUUUUCCCUCAAAACCCUGUAGCAAAUGCAUAUGUAUGCAUGUGUGCUGUGAAAAUAUUUUUCUUUUGUUGUCACUAGGAGAUGAUACAAAGAAUCAUGUAUUAA